GCUCGAGCAACAUUGCUGAGGCGUCCGUCAGUUUGUGAAGUGUUCCCGAGAAGGCGUCACUGCAUUGAUUUUGCAGGAAGGAAGAUUUGCUCCUGGCCCGUGAAAACGCACUCCAGUGAGCUGAAUGUGUUCGUCUGGGCUUGAUCCUUCCAACUUGCUGCCUGAAAUUUGUAGCUCCCAAAGAAUUCAGGUCCUGUUGUGGGAGAGAAGAUGUCAAACGACACUUACGUCAAGGAUAUCAAAGCUGGUUUGAAAAACCUGAACCUCCUGUUCAUUGUCCUGGAAAUAGGACGAGUGACCAAAACAAAAGACGGGCAUGAAGUCAGGACGUGUAAGGUGGCUGAUAAAACCGGCAGCAUCAAUAUAUCAGUGUGGGACGAUGUGGGAAGUCUGAUUCAGGCUGGAGAUAUCAUCCGAUUAACCAGAGGGUAUGCCUCAAUUUGGAAAGGAUGUCUGACACUCUACACAGGGAGAGGCGGAGACCUUCAGAAAGUCGGAGAGUUUUGUAUGCAGUAUUCGGAAGUGCCGAAUUUCAGUGACCCCAACCCUGAGUACAUGUCCCAGGCAUCUUCGCAAAACAAGCCUACCCUGACUGAACAAGGUAGCUCUUCUACGGCUGGCCUGGUGACGUCUUUGCCCUCUGUGACGACAGGUAAUGAUAGCCUGAAUGCUGCCGGGUCAGCUGGAGUUCCCCUCGGGGCGGUGAAUCACGUACUGCCCGGAGGAGGAAGAGGGAACGGGCGUGGGCCAGGAGGUAGCCAAGCUGUGAACAUGUCGGGACCUGCAUUAACAAACUCCUCCACCACCACCAGCAGCACCACCCCCAGCCUGAGCAACGGGAGGGAUCAGAGACGUGUGCCAAAGCGAUGAGCGUUCUUCUCUUCCCCAUCUCCCGCCACGUUCCAACUUUGUGAAUCUCCUUCCCAGAAAUCCGUGGGGAAAUGCUAUCUAAGUGGAAUUGGUUCUUUAUCCUCAUGCUCUGUCUCUCUCAUAUUCGUUCACUUAUUCUCUCUCUCUCUCUCUCUCUCUUUUAAUUCCCACCAACCCCUUUUACUUCAGUCUUCAAUACUCUGUUCCCCACUCUCUUUACCACCACCAUCCCUGCCCCCCCCCCCCUUAAACUUUGCCCAGCGAGGCUGUUGGAAUUACAGUGGGAGGGGGGGUUGAGUCAUGUUAUCUCAAUCCUCUCCUGCAUCCCUACCCACCCCAGAAAUGUGUGCCUAGAACAGAGUCGCUGCUGCCCUCUUAAUGCCCCGGAGUGUCCUCGCUGGGCAUCAGAGUGCCCUGAUGUCCGUGAGAUGUAGGGCAUAGAAUGAGGCCAUUCAUCCCAUUGAGACUGCUCCACCAUUCGAUCAUGGCUGAAGUCUUUUUCAGCGCCUCCCCCCCCCCCCCCCCCCCCCCGUGCCUUUCCUGUAACCCUUGAUCCUCAUAACAUCCCUCCCAAGUGCUGCUGGUGUUUGGGCUUCAGUUCUGGAAGGCUAUUUGACUGCAGGGUGCUUUUUCACAGCUGAGCUCUAUCCUUUUCCCUCGUGCAUGCACUCGUGCGUCAUCUCUCAGCUGUACCCUCAUUCUGUUUAAUUAUCGCCGUCUGAUUCACUCCCGCGCUCACCUUUCUUCAGAUAAAUUUGGUGUGAGAGACAUUGACAGACUCGCCCCUGAGAUCCGCAUGUGUGGAGUCCGGGCUUAAUUCAGUGUAACCACAAAGUCUGUUUCAUUUUCGGAGGGUGGGGGGGGAGGUUAGCAUUACUAAUUCUUAACAUCAAGAAUAUAUUUCAUCAACCUGUUCCAAUGCGUUGUGGCACACAAGCCCAGAGCAGAACUGGAAGUUGAACCCAGACCAUCUCGCCCAGGGAGGACACUGCCACUGUGUCACAUCAAUGCUAGUUCUUCAGCAGUCCAGCUCCUGUAAUUUACUACAUUAGCAAAGUUCAGUUUGGUGCCUUGACCCUCCUUUCUGGACAAGUCUCUGUGAUGUGGGCUGCCCCAGUAAACAUUUCUGGUUGAAAAUACUCUGUCCUGACAACAGUAAGCGGCUUUACUUUGGCUGCACAAAAUGAAAAACGCGAUGUGGGCUGAAGAGAAAUCGGUGUUUGUUGCUUGCUUUGAAAGCCAGCCCAGUACGCGCACUCAGGCACAUGCACAGCACUCUCAGGGAGAUGGGCACAUGCACGCGCACGCAUAUACACACACACACACACACACACAGGUAGACAGUCAUGCGUGCACAAAUGUGCACAGACAUGAAUACAAACGCGCAAAGAUGCGCACAAACACGUGCACGCGUGCGCAUACGAACCAGCACAGAUAUACAGCCGCAUGUGUAGACAUACAUAGACAUACCGGCGCACAUAGUCAUACUGCAUGGAAACACACCCUUCGGUUAAAUCAGUCCAUGCUGACCACGCUCCCAAAUUAAACUAGUCCUGGCUGCUUGCGCUUGGCCCACAUCCCUCCAAACCUUUCCUCUUCAUGAUCUUGUUUGAAUGUCUUUUAAAUCAUCUACCACUUCCUCUGGCAGUUCAUCGCAUCCCACUCUGUGUAAAAAAAAGUUAUCAGUCAUGUUCUUUUUAAAUCUUUCUCCUCUCACCUUAUAAAUGUGGCCUCUAGUUUUGAACCUCCCCAUUCUAGGGAAAAGACCCUUUGCUAUUCACCUUAUCCAUGCCCUUCUUGAUUUUAUAAGCCUCUACAAGGUCACCCAUCAACCUCCUAUGCUCAGUUGCAGCCUAUGUUUAUAGCUCACACCCUUCAUUCCUGGCAACAUCCCCUGGUAAUUUUUUUUCUGAAUCCUCUCCAAUUUAAUAAUAUCCUUCCUGUAACAGGAUGACCAGAGCUGGACAUAGUAUUCCAGAAGAGGCCUCACCAACACCCUGUGCAACAUCAACAUGAAGUCCCAGCUCUUAUACUCUAUGGUCCAAGCAUGCCAAACACCUUCUUAACCACCCUGUCUACCUGUGAAGCAAGCUUCAAAGCAUUAUGUACCAGUACCCUGAGGUGUCUGUGUCCACAACAUUCCCCAGGGCCUUGCCAUUAAUUGUGUAAGUCCUGUCUUUGUUUGUUUUACCAAAAUGUAACACCUCACAUUUAUCCAAAUUAAACUCCAUCUGCCACUAUUCAGUCCAUUGUUCCAAUUGAUCAAGAUCUCUCUCUAAUCUUAAAACAGCCACCUUUAUUGUUAACUAUACCACCAAUGACGGUGUCAUCUGCAAACUUCUUAAUGUGCCUCCUAUAAUUCUUCUCCAAAUACACAUGCACAGACACACAUGCAAAUGUGCGCACAGAUGCACAUACAAGCAAGCACAGAGAUACAUACAAACACGCAAAUGCGCACAAAAACACGCACGGGCACAUACCAACACACAGAUGCACGCCUGCAUGCUGAUACUUGGACAGAAACACAGGCGCACAGACAGAUUCACACACCCUUUGAAAUGUUUACAAGGUAUUUUUAACCCCCCCCCCCCCCGAAAUCGCUAAGUUGAAGAGUCUCAGAAGAGAGCUGGUGUGGUUUCAGGUUCCCUUGGUUGGGAUGUGAUAACAUCAUGGGGGCGGGGUGGGAGGGAGCAGGGGCAUGUUUUGCAGGGAGAGCUACACCUCCCAGACUCUUCUAUUUGUUCAGUUUGUGAGAAGUCAGACAUUAGCCAGAUGACAUGGAGCCGAGGCUGAGCUGUCGUUCCUCAGUCCCCACACUGAGUUCAGCAUCUCCCGGUUUAAGGUGAGACAGCCCAGGUGAGCACGGGAGAUACCUCCACCUCCACAAUUCAUCUCGUCGUGCUGCUGGCCUGUGGGACCUUGCUGUGUGCAUGUUGGCUCUGGACGUUUUUCCAUUUGAAGUACACUCCGAGAGAGGUCAGGUCAUGGAAGGAGCUUGUCCACAUCACGACCCUUACUCUUUGUCACCCCCCCCCUGCUCGGGUAAGGGAUGUGGGGAUUUUAUGUUUCACUGUUACAAUUCAACACCCCUCCCCACCCCACCCAAACUUUCCUUUCUCAAAGGGGUCAACUAGGGAAUAGACUGGCUGAGUUGUUUUUAUAAGAUAAAAGGUUAUGGUUGCAUUUUGAUAUCCCUGAUAAUCAGCUUUUUGUGUUUCAUUUUGGGUGGGGGUA